AUGUCUAAUCCUCCCAUUCUGAUCAUCGGCGCAGGUAUCAGUGGACUCAUACUGGCCCAAUACCUUCGGCGCAACAAUGUUGAGUUCAGGAUCUUCGAGCGCGACUCCGCAAUCGAUGCCCGCAGUGGUGGAUGGGGUCUGACACUGCAUUGGUCACUCCCUGCCCUGCGUGAACUAUUGCCAGAGGAGAUUGUUGAGCGCUUCCCGGAAACCUUUGUGAAUAAAGAAGCUUCCGCCAAGGGCGAUGUCGGUCGCUUCCAAUUUUUUAACCUCAAGUCGGGAGAUGCACUAUACAAUAUUCCCGCCGCCGAGCGCAUUCGUGUCAGUCGCGUUCGCUUGCGACAGUUAUUGACUACCGGCAUAAAUGUUGAAUGGAACAAAGCCCUUGAAAAUAUCGAGUCUACAGCCGAUGAAAUCACCGCGCACUUUGAAGAUGGCACAAACUACACCGGUCGGUUAUUGGUCGCAUGCGAUGGUUCACGGUCGCGCAUUCGCGAGAUCCUCUACCCAGAUGCACAGAUGAACCAGUUACCGGUUCAGCUUCUGGGUGCAUCGACACUGUACACCGCGGAGGAGAUGGGCGGUGCAGAAUCAAUUGAUCCUUUCAUCUUCCAGGGCUCGCAUCCUGACUCGAACGUGUUUCUGUUCUUCAGUUUGCUGGAUACCCCAAACAAUUUUGAGAACAGUAGCAAGGACCGUUACCACUGUCAAAUCAUCAUCUCCUGGGCGGAUUCAAAGGGAAUCUCCGUCCCAGACUCGAACGUCGAUCGCAUCGUGCUGAUUAAGAAGUUGACCGAGAAUUGGUCGGAACCAUUCCGCUCGCUAGUACACAAGCUUCCCGGCGAUGUGGAAGUGCGCUCGAUUCGCAUUGAAGACUGGAUGUUCAGUUUGGGCAGGGCGCAUGCGCAUCCCCGGGCGGUGUUGAUGGGCGAUUCGGCUCACACAAUGACGAUGUUCCGCGGAGAAGGCGCCAACAACGCGAUCGUUGAUGUGUUGGAUCUCGUGAAGCGUGUCGAUAUGCGCCAGCCGAGGUCCUUCGAACCAGAAGCCUUGAAAUCCUCCCUCGAAGCAUACGAGAACGAUGUCUUCACACGAGCCGAGCCUAGUUUCCUCAACUCUAGACGGGCAUGUUUGGAUGCUCAUGACUUUUCUAAAAUUGAUGGAAGUCCGCUAGUUGGGUUACGAGAUUUGAAGAAGUCGGGCUGA